AGCCUCAUGACUCCGACGGCGUUCCCGAGCUCACACGAAUUUCUUCUUCCUCCAUCUCUUCCUCAUUUGCAUUCCAUCUUGAACUUCGGGGCUUUUUUCUCGCCUCUAUAAGGAUCUUGGCUUUGUUUCUUGAUCGUCAUUACUUUGAUCCGCCUUUGUCACGAGUCACGACUAUCCCCACUCUUCCUCUUCCCCCCCAAUUAACCCUGGACCUCAAUAAUCACCCCACUUGCGCCCUCUGCCUCGGUUUUUUCAUACGCCUUGCUCCGCUCGCCCCGCUAGCCCUCCCAACUCCUUCGCGCUCUUGCCAAUCCACUUAUUUGCCUCAUCUCAGAUUCAAAUUGAACGUCCUUCAGAGUUUCUUCCGGCCAUUAGACUCUCUGCCGCAUCUCCGGGUCGGCCUCCACAUCGUGGCGCCAGCACCCGAGACAGCAGAAUCGACAACCACACGUUGCAGGUCCCCGGUCGCCCACACCAUCCCAU